AUGAGUUUUAUGACAGCUACGGUGAAGAUUAUGAUAUGGAAAGUGUCGUGAUCAACAUGGACGUGGAGGACUCUGCACCCAGACUCAAUGUCCGUAGCUUCGCCAAGCAGCAGCCUGUCACCUGGACACAUUACAUUGCGGCUGAGGAGAUUGAGUGGGACUAUGCCCCCGUCCGGCCCACUUACCUGAACAGCACUUACACCAGGCAGUUUCUGGAACAAGGCCCCCAGAGGAUUGGCUCCAGAUAUAAGAAAGCGAUCUAUGUGGAAUAUGAGGACUGGACUUUCAAGAGGCGGAAGAAGCCCCAUGAUCCUCAGAUGGGAAUUCUGGGCCCUGUCCUCAAAGGAGAAGUUGGAGAUGAGCUUAAGAUUGUCUUCAAGAAUCUUGCCAGCCGGCCAUACAACAUCUACCCUCACGGCCUCUCGAACGUCUCUUCCCCCCUUUUCUCCAGGAGGACUGAUCUCUGUACUAACAAUAUGAAACGCUUGGCCAUUCAACCGGGCCAAUGGAUCGAGUACCGGUGGAAUAUAAUGCCUGAAGACAGCCCUACCAAAUCUGACGCCCGCUGCCUAACUCGUUUCUAUUAUAGCUCCCUCAGGCCUAGUCGGGACUUAGCCUCUGGACUUAUUGGACCUCUGCUGAUCUGCUCCAGAGAGACCAUGGACCAGCGGGGAAAUCAGAUAAUGUCAGAUGAAGCAAAAUUUGUGCUCUUUUCGGUCUUCGAUGAAAACAGGAGCUGGUACUUGCAGAAGAAUAUCGAUACGUUCUGUGCUGAUGCCACCCAUGUCAACCCGAAGGAUCCAGAGUUCUAUGCCUCCAACGUCAUGCACAGCAUCAAUGGCUACGUUUUUGAUAAUCUACAUCUGAAUCUUUGCUUGAAUAAAGUGGUGUAUUGGUAUGUCCUCAGCGUGGGUGCCCAAACGGAGUUCCUUUCUGUUUUCUUCUCUGGGAAUAUUUUUAAGUACAACACGGUCUUUGAGGAGACCCUCACACUCUUUCCACACACCGGGGAGACCGUCUUCAUGGUCAUGGAGAAUCCAGGUAUCUGGAUGUUGGGAUGCUUGAACCCUGAAUUUAGAAGAAGAGGGAUGAGAGCCAAAUUCACUGUUUCCAGGUGCACUGAGAACACGCCUGGUGAUGAAGACUAUUACAGUGAGUAUGAAGAGACAGCAGAUUACUACGCAACUGAACACAAUGAAUUACAACCAAGAGGCUUCUCCAAGAAAAAAAGGCGGCCAAAACCAUGCAUAAAGAAGCACCAGGACAACACCUCCUCUUCAGAAAAUGAAAUGCAGAUGACCAAUGACAACAGGCCUCCAUGCAUUGAGGAACCAUCCCAGCUAAUCAAGUUAAGCAGCACAGAGAAUUCUCCCAGCCCAUUAAUGGCUCCAGAAGAACCUCUGUUCUUAGAAGACAUGUAUUCACCUCCUCCCCAAGAGCCCCUCUUUAAAGUCUUGCCCAGUGAUCCUUUUCCAGCAGAAGAAGGACCAUCAGCCAUGCCUGGGCAACGUUUCCAAGGUGCUUCUCUUUCAGGUAGUUCAUCUGUUGUACAUGAAGAGGCACAUAAGAACGAGAGUUCAUUAGAGACUGCAGCUAAUCUGAAUACUGAGCUUGCUGUCCUCAAAAUAUACAAGCCAACUCAGGAAGCUGUAAUAGAGCAAAUAAACUCAACGCAACAGGAAAAAGGAAAGAAUAUCCCUCCUCUGGUAGAGAUGGAGGGAUUCUUUGAAGGCCAUGUUACAACUGCUCACCCAAAGGAGCUGGUUGAUGGUGGUACAAUACAAACAUUUAAGUGGAAAGAAAAGGAGGAAGCAGGAGGAAACCCAAUGGAGAAGUUCCUCAGAGGGGAAAGCAGGGCCCCAGGCCUCAUUCAUGUGGAGGCCUCUACGAAACCUUCUGGCCUUGACGAAUCAGAGGUCACAGACUCCUUGAGGCCUCUGAAGGAGAACCCUCAGUACGAUGACUACAGUGCUACUGAGGAGAGUCAGGAAUUUGAUAUCUAUGGGGAAGCUGAUCAGGAUCCACGUACUUUUACUGGGAAAGUCCGACAAUAUUACAUUGCUGCUGAGGAGGUGAUGUGGGAUUAUGGGAGCCAGAUUCCCUCUCCAUAUUUAAGAGACAAGAGUCCAAAUAGCAGCUCAAAGAAGCCCUUCUGGCAGUACAAGAAAGUGGUUUUCCGAGAGUAUCUAGAUAAGUAUUUCACUCAGCCGCUGGCCCGUGGAGAGUUGGAUGAGCACUUGGGCAUCUUGGGGCCAUACAUUCAGGCCCAAGUUGAUGAUGUCAUCAUGGUGACCUUUAAGAACAUGGCUUCCCGACCUUACACAUUCCAUUCCAACCUGCUACCCUAUGAGGGGAAAAGAGAGGAAGAGGAACAGCUCCGCCCGGGUGAGGUACAGCCCAACCAAGUCCGCGAGUACACCUUGAAAGUCCAGCGAGAAAUGGCUCCUACAGCUGAGGAGUUCGAGUGCAAGGCGUGGUUGUACUUCUCCAGUAUUAACCUGGAGAAAGACUUGCACUCGGGUCUCAUUGGGCCCCUGAUUAUUUGCCAGCCCGGAGUACUGAGCACUGCGCACGGGAGGCAACUGUCCAUCCAGGAAUUCUCUCUGCUCUUCACCAUCUUUGAUGAGACAAAGAGCUGGUAUUUCGCGGAGAAUAUCGAGAGGAACUGUCCGUCCCCCUGUCACAUCCAGAUGGACGAUCCUGUCUUUAAAACGAGCAAUACUUUCUAUGGUGCUUUUGCGACUGUGGAAAUGCACCCAUCCCACACUGGGAUUUGGCGGGUGGAAUGUGAGGUCAGUGAGCAUGAGCAGGCUGGGAUGAGCGCCCUCUUCCUGGUGUACGACCAGAGGUGUCAAAUUCCUCUGGGCCUAGCGUCUGGGACCAUUGCCGACUCUCAGAUCACAGCCUCAGAUCACUAUGAUCAAUGGGUCUCCAGUUUGGCCCGUCUGGAUAACUCAGGGUCAAUCAAUGCCUGGAGCACUGACAACGGCAAUUCCUGGAUCCAGGUGGACCUCCUACGGCCGAAGAUCCUCCAUGGGAUAAAGACGCAAGGAGCCCGGCAAAAGUUCUCUACCCUCUAUGUCUCUCAGUUCGUCAUCCUCCACAGCCUGGAUGGACGGAAGUGGAAAGAGUAUAAGGGCAAUUCCACCAGCUCCCGAAUGAUAUUCUUUGGGAACGUGGACGCAGCAAGUGUGAAGCACAACGUCUUUGACCCUCCCAUCAUAGCCCGCUAUAUCCGCCUCCACCCGACGCAUUACAGCAUCCGUGUUACAUUGCGCAUGGAGCUCAUCGGCUGUGACCUGAACAGUUGUUCCAUGCCGUUGGGAAUGGAAAGCAAAGCUGUCUCCAACCAGCAGAUCUCAGCAUCCUCCUACAUUGAUAAUGUGGUCUCCUCUUGGCCUCCCUUUCUGGCCCGCCUGAACAUGCAGGGGAGAAAUAAUGCAUGGAGGCCCAAGGCAAACAGCCCAAACGAGUGGCUUCAGGUGAACUUCCAGAAGACCAUGCGAGUGACCGGCAUUGUGACCCAAGGCGCAAAGAGUGCCUUCACCCACAUGUAUGUGAGGGAAUUUUCUCUCUCAUGCAGCCAGGAUGGCAAACAGUGGACUCCUGUUCUUCAAGACGGGAAGGACAAGAUUUUCCAGGGAAAUCAAGAUUACUCCAGCCCAGUAGUGAAUCUCCUGGAUCCCCCACUCUUUACCAGGUAUUUGAGAAUACACCCACUCAGCUGGAAUAAGCGCAUUGCACUGAGGACAGAAUUUUUAGGCUGCAACACUCAACAAAUGGUUUAGCAUGGACGAACCUGCCUUUGACUUGAAGGUGAAGUUUCCCAGGACCUGAAAUGCCCCCAAGUGGAGCCAAAUGCAAUGUCUGUAAACUGCUGACACUCAAAUAAAACCUGUAUAUUUUUGAUAACUGUUUCUGUGACUUCAGCAAAUUAAAACGACCAAGAAAUAUGACAACACACUUGCUGGACAUUGUUCUAUCCUGGAUUUUCCUAGGGUCACAGU